AUGUCUUCAACUACCUCCUCUUCAUCAUCCUCAGCAGCGACUUACGAGCACACCCACUCACAGUCACAGACCCCCGAGCAGCUCGCGCUCUCACGGACCUCACAGAUGCCCGCCGUCCGCUAUGAGAUCCCCGGGUGGGCGGAUUGUAAAUACUCAAACAGGAAUAUCCAAGCCUGCAUCCUCCACGCCCUGCCCUUCCUUGCGCCCGGCUCCAACGAGCUCGCCGCGUCGACGGGGAAGUGCUUCCACUGCUGGGCGCUGCUCACGUCAAUGGAGUAUGCGGUGCUGAGUGUCAUCUUUGUUUUAAACUCAAUCGGCUUCGCCGUCAGCUUCGUCCGGUACAUCAUCAACAUGUUCUUCUCCUGCAAAUAG